AUGGACAAAAUAGAGCCAUAUAAAUUAUCUAUAAAGAAGGAAAAUGCACACACAGUUUUAAAUGAAAAUGAUAAAAAUAAAAAAAAAAACUUAUGUUCAGGCGAAAGUCUGGAUAAAUAUGAUAUUUUAUUAACACCAGAAUAUGUUCAGGGUUAUUUUGGAGAAAAAAAUAAUAUCCUUAAAUUUUCUUUUAAAAAAAUUAUUUACCCUUUCAAAAAUUUGAUAAUUAUAUAUGAUUUACUCAAUCAAUCUCAAUCAAUAUUUUCUAAACACAGGAAUAAGGUUAUUUUGGUGAGGUGUAAAGAAUGCUAUAAAACUGCUUUGAGUGUAGAAGAUUUAAAAGAUAAUGUAAAUAUAUAUAUAUGGAAUAAGACAAAUUUAAAAAUAUUAAUUAAUAUAAAAAUAAAAAAAAAAAUCUUUUUAGACAUUAAUUAUUUGAACAAUUCUAACAUUUUACUUUUAUGUAAAUGGUAUGAUAAAUUAAUAUUAUUUAUAUUUUCGUUAAUAUUGUGUAAAAAAAAAAAAAAAGUAAAAUUGAGAAAAAAGGGAGUUUACAUUAUCAAAUCUAUAAACGAUUUUUACAUAAAAAAAUAUGAAUACAUGAAAAACAAACCAACCAAAAAUAUUUUUAAAAAGUUAAGAGACAAAGGAAAACAAAAAAAAAGCAAUAAAGAUAGUGUAAGUCGAAUUAAGCACAUUUUAACCACUAUAAAAAAAAGAAAAAAGAAAUAUAUGAAUUGGUUAAAUAAUUAUACAAACAUAAAUCGAACGUCUUCCUCAUACGAACAAAAUACAUUGAAAGAAAGAACCAACAAAAUAUACAUAAGAAAAAUAAAAAAAGCAGAUAACAAUUUUUAUUUUAUAAAAAAUUACGAAAAAGAAAGAAUUUGUUUUUUUUACAUACAUUUUGUAAAUAUAUCAAAUAAAUGGAAAACAAAUAAUAAUAUUUUACUAAAAAAAUUUAAAUUAUUUAUAGACAUUAAAAAUACAAUUUGUAUUUUUAAUAAAAAAGACAUAUUUAUGUAUGUUCUAAAAAAUUGUAUCCUUUAUGAAAAAUUAAAAUACAAAAAUUAUAAAUGCAAUUUUUUUUCAAAUAACACUAAAUUUUUUUUAAUGAACCAAGGUUAUCACUUUUGUUCUAUUUUAUAUAUGACUUUGUUCAUAAAUAAUUUAUUUUUAAGUUACAAUUUUGGAGAAACAACUGAAGAAGAAAUUGAUAUGAAACAAAACUCUCCACACAAUUGUGUAGAAUAUUUUUAUAAUGAAAGUAACUUACUGGAAAAAAAUAAUUUUGUUUCCACUUCACUACAAAAUAAUAUAAUACAAAAAUAUUUAAUUCCAAAACUGGAUAAUUUUUUAAACACAGAAAUAUGUGUAAUUGAAAUUAUCACUUUAUUUGUUAUAGGAAAAGACGAUGAUAUAAGUAAAAUUAUUAGGUUACAAGAAAAUAUUGAAAAUAAUUGCACAUGGAGAAAAAAAAAAAAUAAUAAAAAUGUUGAAAAAACGUAUGAACAUUUCAUGCAAAAAAAACAAAAUAAAAAAAAAUUAAAUAGCUAUUUAAAAAAAUACUUAAUUGUUGGAACUGAAGAUGGCAUAAUUAUAGUUAUCGAUUAUUUAAAACCUCAUAAAAUUAUGCAUUUAGAAAAAAUAUGCAAUGAAAAUAUUGCUUCCAUUUUUGUUUUCCAAAAUGAUAUACUAAUAUUGACAGGAUUAGGGGUUUUGUAUUUUAUAAAUGCUCAUAAUUUUUCUACAUAUAAAUAUGUUGAUAUAUUUGAAAUAUUAAUUGGAAAAUAUAUAAGUCGUACAAAAUGUGCAGAAGCUAGCCAAAGUUUUUGUUCUAAUAGCUCGAUAAAACAUGAUAUCUUAAAUUAUUUUAGAGAAUAUGAAGAAGAAAAAAUACAAAAAACACCUCCACAAAAUAUAAUAAGAGAUAGUUUUACAAAUAUAAAAAUAGACAUCAAAAAGAUUAAAAAUAAAUGUCUGAAUAUAAAAGGUAACAAUUUUAUUUUAUCAGAGAAAAAGGAAAAUUUUUUUUUAAAAAGUAGUCAGCCAAAUCAUGAAAACAUAAAAAAAAAUUAUGACUUGUCAGAAAAAAAAAAACUUUCAAAUUAUUACAACAAUUUUAAUCGCUCUAGCCGCUAUAUUUGUUCAGGUAUAUUGUUAGAUAUUUACACAUUAGUAAUAGGGACUUCGCUAGAUGAGAUUAUUACAUAUAAUUUAUUAACAACUGAAAUGUAUUUUAUUUAUAAAAAAAGUAAAAAUAUAAAUUAUUUUUUAUGUGAAAACAAUAAUAUUAUAUAUAAUAUUGGAAACACACUAUAUAAAAGUAGUUUAAAUAAUUAUGAUAAUAGUUCUACCUUUUUAACUAUACCAAAUAUAUGUAUAACCGCUUUCUUGUUUUAUUCUGAUAUAUUAUUAAUAUGUGGAACUAUGAAGGGAAAUUUAUAUUUUUUUAGCAUUUCAGAUGGUAAUGUAAAGGUUGUAAAUAAAAUAGAUAAAAAAAAAUUUAUAGAGGAAAAAAAAAGACUUUUGCUAAAAUCUAAAAAUAGUCAAAAAAAAAAUUAUGAUAAUGAAUGGGUAAAAGAAAAAAACAAUGAUAUUAUCUUUAGUAUUAAUAAGUGUAUUACCAAAAGUUUAAGGAAAUGGAAUGUUAAUAACUAUAUUAAUUAUGAUAAUAAAAAAAAAAUUGGUUAUAAUAACAAUUUUGAUAGUAUUGUAAAAGAAAGUAAUAUAGAAAACGAUAAAAUAAUAGGACUUCUUUUUAAUAGAUCAAAAACAAAUCUUCUUUGUUCAUUUAAACAUGGUAUAUUUUUAUUACGAAUAGUUGUAAGGGGAAAUGAAAAGGUCGACAUAAAAUGUGUGCGUUAUUUUAAUGUUAGUAAUAUUAUGAAUAUUAAUUUGGUUAAAGAUUUUGAUAAUUUGUUUUUUAUAACAACGAGAGAAAAUAUCGAUAUUGGAUCCAAGAAUAUGACUAACAAUAAAAUUAGUAUCAAUCGGAGGGAAAAAUAUAAAAAACAUGUAGUGGAAUAUUUUUAUUCUCAUCAUUUAUGUUCAUUUAUUUCAGUAAAAAUAAAAAGAAGCAAAAUGGAUAAAAUUUAUUUUAAUAUAUUAUUUGAAAAUACAUGGUUCUAUGAAUUUUCUUAUUAUAAUGAUGGACAUUUUAUUUUAUUGGAAAAUAAUAAUAAAACUUUUGAUAACGAUCAAAAUAAAUGUAUAACAUUCUUAAACCCUUCUACUAUUAUAAUAUAUUCAUACUCUAUUAAUAGGUUUAAUAAAAAGCAUGAGUCAGGUAACAAAAAUAAUAAUGCUAUUGAUAAAAGAUUAUCUCAAAAUGAAAAAAGAAAUUCAAAUGUCAUUUUGGAUAGUAGACAAAAGCUAGCAAUGUGUGUGUCUAUAAACAGUGGCAAAAUAUAUAAUACAGAGGAAAAAAAUAAUUUUUCAAAAUAUGGAAAUAUCCAAACUAGUUCUUUUGGUACUAAAAAUAUAUUUGGUAAUAAGGACAACUUUUUUUAUGAUAGCAAUAAUAAUCCCAUUUCGUAUAAUAAUGAAGGAUCAGAAUUUCAUCAAAAUGUAGAUAUAAAAAAUGUAGAUUUAAAAAAUAGUUUAAAAAGGGAAAAUACAAAUUUGAUUGCAAACAGAACUAGUUAUAAUGACCAUGAUGAAAAAAAAAAAAAAAAAAAUUAUACAAAAUAUAAAACUCUAAGAAAUAUUAUACAAAAGAGAAAAAAUAUAGAACUUUGUAAUUAUAAAAAUAUAAUUUAUGAAAAAAAUUAUAAUGAUAAACAAAUAUUAAAUUAUAUACAGAGAAAUAUUUAUUAUAAGGAAAAUAAAACAAAAGAAAAUUUAUUUUUUGCAUUAGACAACAAUGGUGAACAAGAACAAAAAAAAGAAGAACUAUCAUACCAGUUUAAUGAAGACAAAAAGAAAGAAAAUUUUAUAAUGUAUAAUAAUGAGGGGAAAACAUUUGCCAAAGAAAUUGGUUAUGCUAAUGAGGAUAGAGUAAAUAAAUCCAAAUUGUAUAUAACAAGAUACUUAAAAAAAUAUUUACAAAUAGAUAUAGUGGAAGAAAAUAAAAAAAAAGAAGAAAAAUAUUUUAGUAAAUGUGUACAAGAAAAACAUGAUAAACUAAAUGACCCACUAAUAAAUAAUGGUAAAAAUGACAAUAAAUUUAUUUCAUUUUUAAAUAAUUCUAAUAGUGUUACAAAAUUUUCAUCUAUCUAUAAAAAUAAUGAUAUUACCAUGUGCAAAGAAAUGAAUUCAAAAAAUGUUUUUUUUCAACAUAAGAUCAGAAAUAUGCAUCUUGAAAAUAAAAGCACAAAAAUAAUCCCUGUAGAAAAUGAACAAAUUAACUCAAGGAUUCUAAUUGGUACUAAGAAAAUGGAGAUUAAUAAACAUGAGCAACAUAAUGGAAGUAAGGAAGGUUUUCCUGUUAUCAGAAAAAACAUUGAAAAAUAUGGAAAAAAAAAUUAUUAUCGAAAUAUGUGUAUAAAUACGACGGUACCACCCUGGAAAAAUUCUUUAUAUUUUAAUAAUUUUUAUAAUUUCGAAUGUGGGAAUAAUAUUAUUGAUAAUAAUUUCUAUGACAUAUUUUAUGACCCAAAUUUUAUAGACGGUACAAAAAAUUAUACGAAGAAAAUAAAUAGCAUAAAAUAUGAUAAUGAUGUACCACAUUCUUAUAAUUUUCAAAAAGAUGGAUAUAAUAAAAAUCAAUUAUUCAAUUAA